AUUUUGGGACAACAGGUUCAGGGUUUGCUUUUGCUCAUGUUAAAAAUCGUGAAAUCACCUGCCACGAUUCAUGGUCAAAGCGCUUGGCACUUUUAUCCGAAAGCUCAUACAGUACUUCAAUAUAACAAAAAUUGGGAUGUCGAAGAAUGGGGCGAUAAUGCAUUAGCAGAAGAUCCUAGAAUAUUUAAGUUACAUUUGGCUGGUAUAUCUGAUGACGAAAAACCUUACCUACCUCAAGGACUGGAUUAUCGAAAAGCGAUUACAGAUUUUCUCAAAAAAAUGUUGAUAUUAAUCGAAGAAACUCUUACCAAAAGAUGGGAUGGAAUAAAAAUGUCUCAAGUUCGAUAUGUUUUUACUGGGACCAGAAAAAUUGGAAUUUUUUUAAAUUGCAUAUAUGAUACUAAAAUCAUUGAGAAAAAUUAUAACUUAGAAUUUACUACUGAACGUGAGACAUUAUCAAUUGGAUUGCCAUUAAUUCCUACUGAAGCAGCCGCCCUCCAUUGCAUGGAAACAUUGAAUGAAUAUGAUCUAUCUAUAGGAGACUCGUAUCUGAUGGUGGAUUGUGGCGGUGGUACUGUAGAUUUAACCAUGAGGACACUGUUGGAAAAUAAAGUACUUGAUGAAGUUACCGAACGUUCAGGAGCGUUAUGUGGCGGCGUUUGUGUAGACCAAAACUUCAUUAAAUUCUUGGGAGAAAAAAUUGGAGAAGAUGCAAUUAUGAAUUUUAAACAAAAUGAUUAUGGAGAAUAUCAAUAUUUAAUUAAUAACUUCUUCUGCCCAAAGAUCAAAUUCGGCUUCACGGGAGAACCUUCGGAAGCAAGAAAAAGAAUAAUUUUAGAUCUUAAUAGAGAAUGUCCUGGACUUAAAAAAUAUGCAAAUGAUUGUGUGCGGAUUCCAAUAAAUUUCGAAGAUAUUAUUUCCAUGUUUGAUCCCGUUGUGGAACAAAUCAUCAACCUCAUAGAAAAGCAACUCGCAGAUACUACUAAAAAAUGUGCCGCUAUGUUUUUAGUUGGUGGUUUCUCCGAAUCCAUAUAUCUAACUAAGAAAAUAAAAGAUCGAUUUAGGAUGAAGGUUCCAUGCAUUAAUGUACCUCACAAUCCAAUUACUAGCGUCAUGCGUGGAGCUGUUAUAUAUGGUUUAAACAAAAACGUCAUAAAAAAUCGUAUUUUGCCAAUGUCUUAUGGCAUGAGCAUUUGCGACUACAAGACUGGUCGAUCUGACAAAUUUUAUUGCAUUGCAAGUCGUGGACAAAAGAUUGCACUUGAAGAAACAUUUACAGAAAUAUGUAUGCCUGAGAAUGAUGAUCAAGAAGAUGUUAUUUUUGAGGUCUUUGCUACUUCAAGAACUAAUGUCGAAUAUUGCAAUGAAGAUGGCGUGAAAAAAGUUGGAGAUUUACGUAUUGAGUUACCUGAUAAUCAUUUAGGUUCAAGUGAAUCUGAA